AUGGACGCCAGCGCCUCCCCGCUGCAGCACGCCCAGGCGGCCGUGUUCUUCGCGCUGCUGCUGCCCGCCGCGGCGCUGCUGGCGGCGCACCUGCUGCUGCGGCGGCGCCGCGGCUUCGUGCGGCUGGCCGAGAGACUGCCCGGCCCGCCCGGCUACCCGCUCAUCGGCAACGCGCUCGAGUUCGUCGGCAAGGCGGAUCAGGUGUUCGACAAGAUGUCCGCCCACGGCGACAAGUACAGCACCGUCAUGAAGGUGUGGGUCGGCCCCAAGCUGAUGGUGUUCCUGUCCGACCCGCGCGACGUGGAGAUCAUACUGGGCAGCUCUGUCUACAUAGACAAGUCAACGGAGUACAGGUUCUUCAAGCCGUGGCUGGGAGAGGGACUGCUCAUAAGUUCAGGCAGCAAGUGGCGCGCGCACCGCAAGCUGAUCGCGCCCACCUUCCACCUGAACGUGCUCAAGUCGUUCGUGGAGCUGUUCAACGCCAACAGCGAGGCCGUGGCGCGCAAGAUGGCGCGCGAAGAGGGCCGCGAGUUCGACGUGCACGACUACAUGAGCGAGUGCACCGUCGAGAUACUGCUGGAAACCGCGAUGGGAGUGAGCAAGAAGACCCAAGAUAAAAGUGGGUUCGAGUACGCCAUGGCUGUCAUGAGGAUGUGCGACAUCCUUCACCUGAGGCACACCAAGGUGUGGCUGCGGCCCGACUGGCUCUUCAACCUCACGCGCUACGGCAAGCACCAGACCUACCUGCUGGACAUCAUCCACGGCCUCACCAAGAAGGUGAUCCAGAAGAAGAAGGAGGAGUUCGGCCAGGGGCAGAAGCGCUACAUCUCCGGGGACUCCGGGGACUCCGGGGACUCCGCGGGACCGGCUCCGGGGACUCCGGCGCCAGGACUCCGGGACGACCUGGACGAGCAGGACGAGAACGACGUGGGCCAAAAGAAGCGGUUGGCAUUCCUGGACCUCAUGCUGGAAAGCGCUCAGAACGGCACCAGUCUCACAGACGAAGAGAUUAAAGAAGAGGUGGACACUAUCAUGUUCGAGGGCCACGACACCACAGCUGCGUGUAGUAGCUUCUUCCUCUCGCUGAUGGGAAUACACCAACACAUUCAGGACAAGGUGCACGAGGAGCUGCAGGACAUCUUCAAGGACUCGGGCCGGCCGGUGAGCUACCAGGACACGCUGGACAUGAAGUACCUGGAGCGGUGCAUCCUGGAGACGCUGCGCCUGUACCCGCCCGUGCCGGUCAUCGCGCGGCAGCUGCAGGAGAACCUCAAGCUGGCUUCUGGCGACUACGUGGUCCCGGCGGGAGCCACGGUGGUGGUGACCACCUUCAAGGUGCACCGCCGCGCCGACAUCUACCCCGACCCGCUGACCUUCGACCCGGACAACUUCCUGCCGGAGAGGAUGAGCAAGCGCCACUACUACUCCUUCAUCCCCUUCAGCGCCGGGCCCAGGAGCUGCGUGGGCCGCAAGUACGCGAUGCUGAAGCUGAAGGUGAUCCUGGCGACGGUGCUGCGCAAGUACCGCGUGCACUCCAGCCUGAAGGAGCAGGACUUCAGGCUGCAGGCGGACAUCAUCCUGAAGAGGGCCGAGGGCUUCAGGAUCCGGCUGGAGCCGCGGGCGGAGGCGAAGACGAAGACGCAGUGAAGGGCGACGUGUCGCCGCCGUUUGCAAGACAACCGGCCGCGUGUCCUCGCAGCUCGUAGACCUUUAUGUGCGCGGCACGGCCUGAACGUGCGUUUCAGAUAACCAGCAUGUUUCGGAAUUCCCCUUCUGGCUGUCAUUCUUGCCAAAACAACUUCACAAAUUUCAACUUGUAAACAACCCAUACCGCACCUGUUCCAACUUACGACAUUUUAACGCCAUCCGGAGUGAAGAAAACACUUAGGAAGAAAUCAAAUUCAUUAAAUUUUACUGCAACUUCAGAGAGAUAUAUAUAAAAAGGGUUUGUUAAAACGAAAUCUAACACUUCUUACAGCGAGAGUAUUGUGAUUUUAGUAUUGCAGGAACACGGGCACUGUUCGGAUUAAAUGUUACGUGCAUCAAUGAAUAUAUCUUGUUUGUUGUUGUUUUCGCGUUAGGUUCAGAGUAAAAAAAAUCUUAAAUGGUCUGACAGUUUUAGGCAUAGACACUCAUAUAAUCAUAUGGUAUACUCCAACGCCUUGAACUAUAAUAUCCCUUCAAUUUUAUUACAGAGUGUCAAUUUUAAAAAUCGGAUAAAGGUGUAGUCACAGUAUAGUUUUAGGUUUGAAUGCUGUUAUUUUUACAACUUUCCAGCUGCAUAUAAACCGAAUAUGUCUAUGCUUCCUUAAAAUUUUUAUUCAAAAUAAAUAACAUAUAUUAUUUCUGUAACAAGUUGUGUCUGUCAUUCUUGAAAAACAAAUUCUCUUGUAAUAACGUUUUAUGACUUACUCGUCAACACAUAAACGCUAUUUUGUUAACAUUAUGAACAAUAAUAAUCAAUCGUGUAUGAUUUAUUACCCACCAAAUUUGUACAACCUGUAGCUUCUUUUCUGCAAAAAGAGUAUGGAGUUCUUAACAUAGAAGUGAGUAUCAAUAUUUACAAAACAAAAAUAUCAAAAUUACGUUGCGACAUCAUCUCAUACCUAGAUGGCCUUAACAACUAAAAUAUCAUACUUAUAGUUAAAAUUAAUUCUACAAAAUUUGAUCUUUUGACCUUCAGGUUUCUAUAAGGAUAGCUAACGAAGCUGAAAUAUAUAUUUUUUUGUUUUUCUUUUGAAGUUUUACGACAUUUAAAUAAAAUUAUAUUAUCUAUGAAAGAUUUGUGCAAUGGGAGUGCAUGACUUGAUGUAAGCUUUUGUGCUUUAGCAAUGUCGUAUGUCCAAAAGCUUACAUCAAGUCAAAGAGGUUAUAAAAAUACAUUUUCCCUUAAAUCUUAAAAACUGUUGUGUAUUAUAUUAAAUUAUAAUUAAUAUAUAAUUAUUUUUCUAUUAUUGUGAUUUUGCUAAGGUGCCUCAAAGUAAACAACUUGUUUGUAGUGACAUGGUAAUUAAAACAGAACAUGCAAACCGGUCACGGAGGUGAAAAUAGACAUUCAGCCUUGCAAUGUACUGGCAUGGGAAGCGGAAAUUGUCAUUAUGUCAAAUCUAUGAGCUGUAAUUUUACACCAGGAAGCAGUCAUACAUUAUGUAACCAUGGAGAAAUGUGAACACAGUAAGCAUGUGUACAAUUAUAUAUAUGAGUUUGUUAAUGAAAUUUAAG